AUGCCUAACGACAGAAUAGUUCUCGCCUACAGCGGCGGGCUGGACACCACGGUGGCGGUGCCGUGGCUCAAGGAAAAAUACGGCGCCGACAUCGUCACUCUGACCAUCGACCUCGGUAUGGUGGACCUGGAGACCACCCGCCAGCGGGCGCUGUCCAUCGGCGCCGUCGAGGCAGUGAUAGUGGACGGGCGGCAGACACUGGUGGACGAGUUUCUCUACCCCAGCCUGCAGGCAGGGACGGUUUACGAGGAGCAGUACCCCUUGGCCACCGCCCUGGGCCGCCCGCUGAUUGCCCGUUACCUGGUGGAGGCGGCGCGGGAGCACGGCGCUUACGCCGUGGCCCACGGCUGCACCGGCAAGGGCAACGACCAGGUGCGCAUCGAGGUGGGCGUGAUGGCCCUGGACCCCAACCUCCAGGUCAUCGCACCCAUUCGCGACUGGGGCAUGAGCCGCGACGACGAGAUCGAGUACGGUCUGGCGCGAAACCUGCCCAUCAACACCCGGGCCAGCCGAUUCUCCACCGACGAGAAUCUGUGGGGACGCAGUGUCGAGGCAGGCGAGCUGGAGGACCCUUUCGAGCGCGGAGUGCCAAUCGCCAUCAACGGCGAGUCCAUGGGCGGCGUCGACCUAAUCGGCCAUCUGAACGCAGUGGGAGGCGACCACGGUGUUGGCCGCAUCGACCACGUGGAGAACCGCCUGGUGGGCAUCAAGUCCCGGGAGAUCUAUGAGUGCCCUGCCGCCGUCGUCCUUCACGCGGCCCACAAGGGGCUGGAAACCAUGACCCUCAGCAAGGAGCAGGCCCGCACCAAGGCCCGCAUCGCCCAGGAAUACUCUGACGUGAUCUACAACGGCCUGUGGUACACCGCCCACCGCGCCGACCUGGACGCAUACGUUCAGAGCACGCAGCGCCAUGUCACCGGCGAGGUCCGGCUGCGGCUGCACAAGGGCACCUGCACGGUGGUCGGGCGACAGGCCCCGCGGGCGCUGUACAACUACGGCCUAGCCACCUACGACCGGCAGGACCAGUUCGACCAUGCCGCUGCCGCCGGAUUCAUAGGCAUUUACGGCCUGCCGGUACGCACCCAGAACCAGGCCCAGCCUGACUAA